CUCGUCAGGUUCAUCCACAUUUUUCUGCCAUUUUGCUAAUUCAUCAAACUAAUCGGCAAUGAAUCGUGCUCACUAUUCAGCGUUCUGAGCUAUUCACACUUCAGUCCACUUUUCCCCCUGACAUUACGGUCCAGAUACGUUUUCUUGUUGUCAACAAUACGAUACACACUUAGUCAUAAUUUGCCCUGAGCAUAUCUCUAAUUUAAUACUCAACAAUCAUCGACACAUUUCCCCCGAAACACAGAAUUCUCAGGUCGGAAAGAUGGCCGAAACCGCAACACAGUGCCUUCACGAACCAUCAGCCACGAAUAUCCCGGGUCGCGGCGCGACGAUUAGUAUUCCUUCUCCUUCCGCGAUGGCAGCGCCUGCGAAUUCCCAAGUCAGUCGUUUACGAAACCAAUUUUCUUUACCAUCGACCAGCCCGGUCAACCAGAAUGGAAGCUUCGAGUUUGACCGCGUCCUCAAGUCUGGAUACCUCCAGAAGCGGACCCAGAAGACCAAGGCUUGGAAGUCCGUCUAUCUGGUCCUCAGGCCUAGCGCACUCUCCAUUUACAAGUCGGACAACGAGAGCAAGCUGCGGCAUAUGAUAUACACCUCGGAACUUUCGGCCGUUACACUCCUGAAGGACCCGAAGAACAAGCGCCACCACCUUUUUGGCCUGUUCUCGCCGGCCAGGAAUUACCACUUCGAAGCCCCGAGCUUGAAAGACGCGCAAGAAUGGGUAGAUCUGAUCAGAAAGGAUGCGAGGAUAGAGGAAGAGGAGGAAGAGAUGUUCCUAACUAGCCCCGUUGUGCGCCGGCAGACCUUCGCUCCCGUUAGCAUGCAGAAGGGAUCAUCAGCAAUGCGAAGUCAGUUGCUGGACGGCGAAAGACCGCUAUCGAGCUCUCCCGAACCCAUCGAUCCGACCGCGACGAGGUCUAUACCAUCAACCGGAAAACGACUAUCGUACCACGACUACUCUGGACUUUCUGGAAAUGAACUGGCUUCGCAUUCGGACAUGUCGGACAACGAGGGACAACGAAUCCACGGUGCCUCCAUUGAAAGUCUUACGGCUCGAUCGCCCGCCGCGUCAGGAACGCAGAUAGAGUCCGGUUCUAACGAUCGCCCAAUGCUAGGAAAUAGAAAUGCGAGCCAAUUAAGCGGCCUUAAUCUCGAGAGCGACCCGGAUCGUAUCGCCUGGCAGGGCUGGCUGUGGCUCCUUAACAGCAAACGUGGCGUGAAGCAGUGGAAGAGUCGCUGGGCUGUUCUCCGACCACGGAAUUUAAUACUUUACAAGGAUGAGUCCGAGUACAAGGCCUCUUUCAUCUUGUCUCUAUCGGUUAUUGUUAAUGUGGUGGAUAUCGAUCCGGUCAGCAAGACGAAAAAGCACUGUUUUCAGAUCAUCACGGACGAGAAGACUUAUCGCUGCUGCGCCCGCGACGAGGAGACGCUGGUGCAUUGCUUGGGGGCAUUUAAAAGCCUUUUGGCUAAGCGUAGAGAAUUGGAGGCUCGCGUAGCUGCGUCGGGGAACGUGGCAGCUCAAACAAAUCAAUGACGAGUGGAGGUGACAUCACCUAAAUAAGUCGUUGUUUUUUUGUGAUACCCCCCAAGGAAGAGCUAUACAGGUAGUUGGAGCCGCAGCUGGAACGUGGGACAGUCAGCACACAGCGAUACGUGUUUCGGUGCUACUUGACAUACAUCAG